AAGAGGAAGUUGUUCCGGCAUCUCUGCCGUAAGCUGAGGGUUUGACGCAUCAACAUAGAGAUAUUUUAGGCGUUUGUGUGUGUAUUUCUACUCAAUUCCAAGUUGACACGAGAGGGAGAAUAAUAGCGAGGUGUCUGCAUUGUAAAAGGUGCAGAUAUGUCGCUCACUGCGACCGCAGAGGAGAAAAAUGGCACGUCCACAGGGUCAACAGAUGACAUUCUGAAAUCAACAGGCAAUGAUGAGCUGAAGUUUGGUCUGUUGAUUAGCCUGUUGAAGGUGGAUCAAGUCCCCAACAAAGAUGUUGUAGAUACAGUACUUCAUCUGCUGGUGGGCGGAGAGUUUGACAUUGAGACAAACUUCAUCAUCCAGGAGCCACAGAACAUCCUCCAUAUGCUGAGGGUCUUCUCCAGCUGUACCUCCACACUACAGGCUGAAAUAUGGAGUGUAUUUACUGCAAUGUUAAAGAAGAGUCGGCGGAACCUACAGGCUUGUACAGAAGUCAGGCUUAUAGAACACACACUAAAUUUGAUGAAUGAUGCAGAUGAUGUCAUAGCUGAUUUACUGGUGGACAUGUUGUGUACACUGGCCAGUUACAGUAUCACCGUCCGAGAACUCAAAAUGUUGUUCUCCAUUCUACAGGCCGCUGAAGGGCAAUGGAAAAGACAUGCUGUGAAAUUACUGUCCGUCCUCCAAGUGAUGCCGCAAAGGGAAGGGCCUGAUGAAUUCUUCAGUUUUCCUGGGAAAAAAGGAUCAUUUAUUGCCCUGCCUCCAAUCAAGACCUGGCCUUACCAAAAUGGCUGGACUUUUACCUGCUGGUUACGACUGGACCCUGUUACCGGGGUAACGGUGGAGAGAGAGAAACCUUACUUAUACUGUUUUAAAACCAAUAAAGGUGUUGGAUAUUCAGCUCAUUUUCUGGGAAAUUCUCUAGUCAUCACAACUAUGAAAGUCAAAGGCAAAGGAUUCCAGCACUGUGUUAAAUAUGACUUUCUACCAAGAAAGUGGUACAUGGUGACUGUGGUGCAUGUGUACAACCGAUGGAGUAAAUCAGAGCUGAGAUGUUACGUGAACGGAGAAAUCGUGUCCGGUGCAGACAUUUCCUGGCUAGUCAGCACCAGUGAUCCAUUUGAUAAGUGUUUUCUGGGGGCCAGCUCAGAAGGGGAGACGGAUCACAUGUUCUGUGGUCAGAUGUCCACAGUGUAUCUAUUUAGUGAAUCCCUUACCCCACAGCAAAUAUCAGCCAUUUACUACCUGGGACCAAGUUAUAAGAGUCAGUUUCGUUUUGACAAUGAAUGUGGAUUGGGAACAGUUGUAGUUAAUAAGAGACUGUUGUAUGAUGGGAAGCUGACCUCCCUCAUCGUGUUCAUGUAUAACCCCAUUGCCUGUGACGGUCAGCUGUGUCUGGAAUCCUCCCCUAAAGGAAACGUCCCCCACUUUGUCCACGUACAACAUGCUCUCAUGUCAGGGGAGGUCAAGUCUGUGAUAACGCAUUCCAUCUACAGCACACUUCACUCCUUGGGAGGGGUCCAGGUGGUAUUUCCAUUGUUUGGUCAGUUGGACAUGCCAGUUAGUAAGGGAGAUGACAUUCCAAGUGAGGUGGAUUACACUAUCUGUGCUAAGUUGAUGAGUAUCUUAUGCAAUCUGAUGGAGAGUUCAGUCACCAUUCAACAACAGAUGAUGCAGAAUCGAGGUUUCCUGGUCAUUGGCUAUCUGCUGGAGAAAGCCAACCGACAGCAUGUGACCCCUGAGGUUCUGGAGAUUUUCCUGAGGCUGACCCAGUACCUUGUGGCUCUCCCCACAGGCAGUGUCAUCUUAAAGCACCUGUUUGACCACAUCCUGUUUAACCCCGCCCUCUGGAUUCACGCCAGUGUUGAGGUCCAAACCAAGCUGUAUUGUUACCUGGCCACAGAGUUUAUCAACAAUGCUCAGAUCUAUAACAACAUUCGGCGGGUUAGUGCUGUGUUACAGACAAUGCACACAUUGAAGCUGUAUUAUUGGGUCGUCAACCCCGCUGACAGGAGUGGGGUGGUCCCUAAGGGAACAGAUGGACCUAGACCAAACUAUGAUGAGAUUGUGAAGCUGCGAUCAUUUAUGCUGAUGUAUCUCAAACAGCUGUUGAUGAAGGGACCAGGGGUACAAGAGGAUGAGCUCCAGAGCAUUCUAAACUACCUGUCCACUCUACACGAGGAUGACAAUUUGAUGGAUGUGUUGAAGCUGUCUGUGGAACUGAUGGCUGAGCAUCCCAUGUCCAUGGUGCCAUCUUUUGAUAAGAAAGGUGGAAUCAGAACUGUGUUCAAGUUGCUGGCCUCCCCAUCAGAAGAGUUGAGGAUUCAAUCUCUCAAGUUAUUGGGCUACUGGUUGAUGAGAAGCACACACAAGAGGAAAUCUGAGGCCUUGGGACCACACAACUUGUUCUCGUUGAUUGGAGAACGCCUGAUGCUGAAUGAAUCCACCAUUACCAUGCCCAUAUACAACGUCCUGUUUGAGCUCCUGACUGAGAGGAUGACCCCAGAGACGUGUACAAAAAAACACAAUGAACCAGAAUCUUCAUUUAGAAUAGAAAACUCAGCUGUACUAAAGGUGGUGGCUACCAUGAUCCGACAGUCCAAGGUCGGCCCAGCGGUGAUGGAGGUCAAACGCUGUUUCCUGUCUGACCUCACCAUUCUGUGUAACAACAACCGCGACAACAGACGAACUGUGCUGCAGAUGUCGGUUUGGCAGGACUGGCUGUUCUCCCAGGCGUACAUCUACCCCCGGACCGAGGAGGAGCAGAAGAUCACGGACAUGGUGAUGUCACUGUUCCGCAUGCUGCUGCAUCAUGCCAUCAAGUACGAGUUUGGAGGAUGGCGAGUCUGGAUUGAUACUCUAGCUAUUCUUCACUCCAAGGUAGCAUACGAGGAUUUCAAAAUCCACAUGUCCAAGAUGUAUGAUCACUAUGUCAAGGUCAGGACUGAUGACAUUGACCCCAGGGACCGAGAUCACCACCCUGUCAGUACUGUGUCAGGAGUAUCAGACCGGGUCCUUAAUAAACCCAUCCCUAAAAGUACAGUCAAAGUGACAGAAAUUCCAGAAGAGAGCGAGGAGGCAGAAGACUCUAACACUAACAAUGCGGGUCAACUGACCAAUGGGGACGUAGCUGGACCCAGAGAGGAGGAACCUAAGGGUGAGGUCAAACAGUUUCUGGAGGACAUUAUCAGUGAUGUUGUUAAACAAGUGGAGUCAAAGAAGCCACAGGCAGAAGCCGGUGAGCAGGAAGUGAAGCAACAAGAGGCAAAGGAGUUUGAACGCCAGCAGGAAGUGAGAGAAUCGGAGCAGGCUGAAGGUCGUCCGACUGUGAGGAGGUCAGCAUCCCUGGACAGACCCCGGCCCACAGAGAAGAGGCAAUACCCCACUCGCUCACAGUCAUUCAGGGAGGGAGCCACCAAGAUGUUCAGUGCUGGACCUCAGGCCCCUCCUUUCAGAAUCCCUGAAUUCCGGUGGUCAGGUUUACACCAAAAACUUCUCUCUGAUCUGUUGUUCUCCAUAGAAACAGAUGUACAAGUCUGGAAAAGUAACAGCUCUAGGACCGUGAUAGACUUUGUGAACUCCAGUGAGAACCAUGUGUAUGUCGUCAAUGUCACACACAUGAUUUCCCAGCUGGCCGACAACCUCAUUACAUCCUGUGGAGGGUUACUUCCCCUCCUGGCUGCUGCCACUUCACCAAAUGGAGAGGUGGAGAUACUGGAGCCGACCCAGGGACUGAGCAUCGAGCAGGCGGUGUCCAUCCUCCAGAGGAUCAUGAAUCUGACGGACGUCCUGGUCUUUGCCAGCUCCACCAACUUUGCCGAGUUGGAACAGGAGAAGAACAUGCCUGCUGGUGGAAUCCUGAGGCAGUGUCUUAGACUGGUAUGUACUUCUGCGGUGAGGAAUUGCCUGGAGUGUCGCCACCGGUCUAACUUUAGAUCCCCACCCAGCACACCCUCAGCCUCCCCCUCCAGUAGCAGUCUGAGGGGGUCUAAGACUUAUAAUGGGACAGACCCCAUACAGGCACUUAUCAUGGCCUCUCACCCCACAGAAAGGAAUAUAGUGGAGAAUCUGAAUGAACAGGUGUCCCCCAUCAAGGACUUUGAUAAGCUUCUACAGGACACGGAUGUUAACAGACUGAGAGCUGUAGUGUACAGAGAUGUGGAAGAAACAAAACAAGCACAGUUCCUGGCCCUUGCCAUUGUAUACUUCACCUCAGUCUUGAUGGUAUCUAAGUACAGGGAUAUUUUGGAGCCCCCUAGUCUGGCCGCCACACCCACCUCACACAGAAUGUCCAUCAACUCACCCUCAGCCUCUACAAUAUUGCAAAACCUAAGACCACUUUUGGAAGGACCUCAAAAUGGAAGUGUUAAAUCAGGAAUACAGGUAGCAAAGUCUGAGCAUACAGAGAAUGGAGUUAGAUCAAGUAGUGAAGAGGAGAGGUCGGACGGAGAGCAGGUCCCAGGGGACCUUCAACACAAGCCUCUAGACCAGGCCACCUACCAGGCAAUCAUAGCCGCAGACGAUGGAGGGGGCAGUGUGCUCUCCGAGAUGUUGAGUGGAAGUCGGAGUCGCUAUGAUGAGAUCCUGGUGGACCCCAAUACCCAGACCACAGAGACUGAGUCAGACUCCCUCACACACACUAACACUUGCGAGUCUGAAUCCACUGACAAUGGGACUACUGAGUCUAAGCAAGAUGAGGAAUUUGAGAGUGGAGAUGUGACCAGUGAUGGCGACGUUUCCCGGGAGGUGAUUGACGGAGAGGAAGCUUCCCUAGACCAAAGUGCAGAAGAAUCCCCCAAAGUCAAAAUCAAAGCUGAUGUCCGCAUCACUGACACCACAGACGAAGAUUCUACAACAAGAUCUGCCACACCAGGAAGUGAGGAUUUGGACAAAAGUGCAGACUCAGCACAACUUGAAGAAGGAGAUAUUGAAGAAGGAGAUACUGAAGAAGGAGAUACUGAAGAAUCAGAGAAGGAAACUCCAGUAGAAGAAACAAAGCAGGAAGAUAAGGAGCCAGAAGGAGCUGAGGAACAGGCCACUGCUGAGGCUGAGAAAACUGAGGAAGAGAAAGUGGAAGAUAGUGAGGAGAAGGUGGAGGAUGGUGAAGAGAAUGUGGAAGAUAGUGAAAAUAAAGUGGAAAAUGAAAAAGAAGGAGGAACUGAGACAGAAGAAAGGAUAGGGGAUGGUACUGAGGAGACUGAGCCAACCCCUGCAGAAGCAAAGGAGGAAGCAGCAGAGGAGAACACACAACAAGAAGAACAGAAUGAACAAGAAAAAGGAAAUGAGGAGAAACCAAGUGAACCAAAACAAAAUGGAAUUGCACAAGAAAAUGCGCCUGAAGAAAACCCCUCAGAGGCAGCAGAGUUGCCAACUAAUGUGGAUGAAGAGAGGGAUGGUAAAGAGGAUGAAGACAAGAAGGCUGAAGCCAACAAGCCAAUCCAUGCCAUCUCAUCCCAUGCCACCAACAAGGAUGACCGACCCAAGCUGGAGAGGCUUCAGAUGCCCAACAGAAUCCCAGAGACCCUGGCCAACUUGCCCGCAGUGGUUGGGGAACACCCAGAGUCCCUCACGGAGAGGCUGGAGAAGGCCCUGGGGUCGGUGUCCCCACUCCUGAGGGAAAUCUUUGUAGACUUUGCUCCUUUCCUGUCAAAGACUCUCAUUGGCUCACAUGGACAGGAACUGCUUAUUGGAGGUUUAGUGACCCUGAAGCAGAGUAGCUCUGUGGUAGAACUAGUCAUGCUGCUGUGUUCUCAGGAAUGGCAGAACUCACUGCAGAAACAUGCCGGGCUAGCCUUUAUAGAGCUGGUCAAUGAAGGAAGAUUGCUUGCCCAUGCUACACGGGAUCACAUUGUGAGGGUGGCCAAUGAAGCCGAGUUUAUUUUGAACAGAAUGCGAGCUGAAGAUGUACAAAAACAUGCCGAGUUUGAGUCCCUCUGUGCUCAGACCAUGUUAGACCGAAAGGAGGAAGAGAAAAUGUGUGAUCAUCUCAUCAAAGCAGCCAAACGGAGAGAUCACACGGUGGCCAUCAAAAUCAGAGAGAAAAUACUCAACAUCCUCACUAACAAACACGGGGCAUGGGGCCAUCCCGAGGGGGACAGUGACAGAGAUUUUUGGAGAUUAGAUAUUUGGGAGGAUGAUUCAAGACGUCGAAGACGAUUGAUUAAAAAUCCAUAUGGAUCAACCCACCCAGAAGCAACCCUAAAGGCAGCGUUAGAGCAUGGAGAGAAUGAAGAUGCCAUAAACCAAGCUAGAGAGGCUUUCCAUGCCCACCUGUCGAAGGUCAAAAGGUCUCAGGUUCAGCCCGACUACACUGAUGAGGAACUUUUGAUGGAGGAACGAGAUAUUGAACAGGAUUAUGCAGGCCCUGUAGCAUUGUCCACCUCCUGUAAACUGAUCGCCCCUGGAGCGGCCAUUAACGGUACAAUGUCCAUCACCAAAACAGAGAUGUACUUUGAGAUGGAUGAAGAGAACGAAGAAAACAAGAAGCUGGAUGCUCAGGUGUUGGCCUAUGUGGAACAUAUUCAUGGAAAAUGGCACUUCAAUGAAAUUCGGGCAAUUUUCUCCCGCCUAUAUCUCCUGCAAAAUGUUGCAAUUGAAAUCUUUAUGGCUAACAGAACUGCUGUUAUGUUUGCCUUUCCUGAUCAUGCCACGGUCAAACGAGUUGUCAAUGCGCUGCCGCGAGUCGGAGUGGGAGUCAAGUAUGGCUUGACGCAAUCUAGGAGAAUGUCAAUGGCUUCAGGAAAACAACUGUUCAGACUGUCUGGCAUGACCCAGAAAUGGCAGAGGAGGGAAAUCUCCAACUUUGACUAUCUGAUGUACCUCAACACCAUAGCAGGUCGUACAUAUAAUGAUUUGAAUCAGUACCCAGUGUAUCCCUGGGUGAUCGUCAACUAUGAUACGGAUGAGUUAGACCUUAAACAACCAAGCAAUUUUAGAGAUCUGUCAAAACCUAUAGGUGCUCUGAACCCCACAAGAAGAGAAUUUUUUCAGGAGCGUUAUAACUCAUGGGAGCAUGAUCAAAUACCACCAUUCCAUUAUGGCACUCAUUAUUCAACGGCAGCUUUUACUCUGAACUGGCUCAUAAGAGUGGAGCCAUUUUCUACAAUGUUUUUGAACCUUCAAGGUGGCAAAUUUGACCACGCCAACAGAACCUUCAGCUCUAUAGCUCAGUCUUGGAAGAAUUGUCAGAGAGACACUUCUGAUGUGAAGGAGUUGAUCCCUGAGUUCUACUUUCUCCCAGAAAUGUUCAUCAAUCAAAAUAGAUACAAGUUUGGAAAGCAAGAAGAUGGCGGAGAAGUUGGUGAUGUGGAGAUGCCACCAUGGGCCAAGAACCCUGAUGAUUUUGUCCGAAUAAACAGAAUGGCCUUAGAAUCUGAAUUUGUGUCUUGUCAACUUCAUCAUUGGAUUGAUCUGAUAUUUGGCUACAAACAAAGAGGUCCAGAAGCAGUGAGGUCCACCAAUGUCUUCUAUUACCUGACCUACGAAGGCAGUGUGAAUCUGGAGAGUAUGACUGACCUAGUCAUGAAAGAGGCCAUAGAGAACCAGAUUAAGAGUUUUGGACAGACCCCCACCCAGCUCCUGGCUGAGCCCCACCCUCCCCGCAGUUCUCUGAUGCACUUGAUGUCUGAGCGAUAUCAGGAGAAUAAACUCAGAGGGAGAAAGACUCCGAUGAUGUUUUCGACAGUCCAGGAUGAUGUGUGUAUGAUCAUGAAGUUCCUGUCCAACUCCCCGGUCAUUCACAUCGCCGCCAACACCCACCCUGCCGUUCCCAACCCCGCGGUCACAACCAUCACAUGUAACCACAACUUUGCUGUCAACAAAUGGAACACCACAUACCAACAACAAGGGCCUCCUACAAGUUUCUCUUCUGACAAACCAGAUCCACAGAUAAACCUACCACUGGCUAUGGACCAGUUGUUAGUAACCAACACUGGCCUUCAGAGAAGAUCCCUAGGGGACAACUUUGACGAGAGAAUAAAACCUACCCACCAGAGCUUUGUCACUUCAGCAGACAACCGCUUCAUCUUUGCUUGUGGAUUCUGGGACAAGAGCUUCAGAAUAUUCAGUUCCGAGUCUGGGAAGAUCCUUCAGGUGGUGAAUGGCCACUUUGAUGUGGUGACCUGUAUCACGCGCUCCGAGUGUAACCUGAAUCAGGACUGUUACAUUGUGACCGGGUCCAAGGACUGUACCGCCAUGGUCUGGAUGUUCACCUCCAGGAACCAGGCCAUCAUAGGCGACAAUGGAAGUCUAGAACACCCCACCCCAAAGGCCACCCUCACCGGUCACGAGUCAGAGGUCAUUUGUGUGGCUGUACUCGCUGAACUUGGACUAGUACUGAGUGGCUCAAAAGGCGGUGCUUGCUUGGUCCACUCUCUGAAUGGAGACCUCUUGCGAUCCCUGGACCCUCCCAAAGGCUGCCUGUCCCCAGAGCUUAUCAUUGUGUCCAGAGAGGGCUUCGUACUGGUCAAGUUUGACCAGGGACAUAUAUGCAAUUUCAGCAUCAAUGGACGUCUGCUACAGAAUGUGAAUCACAGAGAUGUUGUACAUACGAUGAUACUGAGUCGAGACGGACAGUACAUGAUGCUGGGUGGGGACUCUGGGAUCGUGGAAGUUUGGAGGUCACAUGAUCUAACUCUUCUGUAUACGUACCCCCCGUGUGAUAGUAGCAUCAAAUCACUAGCCUUAACGCACGACCACAAGUUCUUGUUAGCAGGACUUGGCACAGGAUGUUUGCUGGUCUUUAACAUCGACUUCAACAAGUGGCACCACGAGUUCCAGGAGAAAUACUGACACUCCCUCUCUAGUCUCCAACAUUCCAGUGUGUGUGGGGGUGGGGCUUUGGGUUGAUGCUCACAGAGGGCACACUCCCCCUCCCCCUGAAUUUAGGUCACUGUAUGAAUUAUUGCGAUGCAAUAUCUUGUUUGUGGAUUUAUUCUGUGCAAUGUUGACUUCAUAGCCCGGACGUAAAUGUGUUUUAAUAUUAGGGAAUCAUGUAGCUGUUUAUUAGAAGAGUGGGUUUUUUAUAUUCAGUUAGGAGGGAAUCUGUGAUAGUUAGAGAAAUAUUUAUUUAUAAAGCAUGAACAACAUACUUCUAUUUUUUCACAAGUGCAGUGGAAAAAUGACACAUAAUUUAUAGAUGGAAUAUGCUUUCAAAGUGUAUGUCUACUAGAAUAACAUUCCAUUGGACAGCUGGUGUGAUAUUUCCUCCUAUUUAAGGAGAUCUGCAGAUGCUUGUUAAGUUUUAGUUCUGAACUGAAACCCAUAUGUACCAAAAAUGUUUAUUCAGCUUUUUCAUAUGUAAAAAAUUAUAUCAUUAUGCAAAAUAAUGGCUUAUUUAAUGAAAUUAUAGCUUUUUUUCUUCAAGUGCCCAGCCAUUUUUUUUUCAUAUCUAAGAUAUAUCCUGACUUCGUAGCUCUGAUGUCUGUAGGCUGGGGGUUCUAUAUGGGGGACACAGACUACUGUAUGGGGGACACAGGCUACAACUGGCCCUGUACACAGUGCACAUACAUAUCAUCUCAUCCCUCAUGGCGUGUUAGGUUGUGUAUCAGUCACUAACCAAUGGCUGCUUGUCUUUAUUUUAUGCUGGAUUUGUAAGGGAAAUUGUGAUUUGUUGUUAUAAAUAGAACCAUAGCCUAAUAAACUAUUACACUCAGA